GAAGAUUUGUCGUUGCGGUACGUCAGUGUGUGUCUGACAGACAGAUUAUUCAGAGAGCAGAAAAAACUACACCUGCAAUCGUAGACAAAGGUGUGAAGAUGGAGCCGUAACAAUGACAAGACAUUCACACCGAGGAGACAUGUCUGUAAGUCUAUGAAGACGGGACCCGCCAUCAGCAGCCAUCUGGUUAUGAAAAGCUUCUUCCUGUUAGCUGACAGGGACGGCACCAGAUGUUUGAGGGGAUCGCCGUCCAUCAGCACCUGUGCUGGGCACUUCUCUACUUGAUGGCAGCAGAUGUGGCACUCGCAUCUGAGAGACUCCAGCCGUGUCCACAGUCCUGCCGCUGUAACACAGAGCUGCUUCAGGUGAACUGCUCUCAUGGCCAACUCCGCACAACACCUGACAGUCUCUCACAAGAUGCUAAGAUACUAAACUUGACCCACAAUAAGAUUAAAACUCUGGGGCAUCAACAGUUUCAGACGCUAACACAACUUUUACAUUUGGAUUUAAGUGACAACCUCCUGGCAGUAGUUGACCUGGAAGCCUUUCUCGGCUUGCAGAGUCUGCUCACGCUGCGUCUCGCCCGCAAUCGCCUGAAGAUUAUUCCCGUGGGAGCAUUUGCUGGUUUAUCAAACCUGCAGUUCCUGGACAUAAGCAGCAACGAGAUUCUUGUUUUCCUGGAUUUCGCUUUCCGUGACUUGGUGGCCCUGCGGUACAUUAGCGCAGCAGACAACGACUUAGUUUUCAUCUCUCGUCAAGCCUUCAGCGGACUAACAAGUCUGCAAGAGAUGCACCUUGAUGCCUGCAACCUCACCGCUGUUCCGACAGAAGCGCUCACACCAAUCCGUGUGCUGAGGAGCCUUCAUUUUCACCGCCUGGGUCUCACCACAUUGCCAAACUAUUCAUUCCAUCAUCUAGUGCACCUCAAGGAGCUCGUCAUUUCUCACUGUCCCUGGCUGGAGACGCUGUCAGGAAACAGCCUCUUUGGCUUAAAUCUUACAUCCCUCUCCAUUAGACAUGGUAACCUCCAUGCUAUACCCUACAUUCCUCUGCAUCAUCUCGUAUAUCUCUUAUUCCUUGACCUUUCCUUUAAUCCAAUCACUUCCAUUCAGGGGAACCUGCUGGGAGACUUGCUCCGGCUCCAGGAGCUCCAUCUGGUCGGUGGUUCAUUGCUGCACAUCGAGCUUGGAGCAUUCAGGGGUUUAAUGAAUUUCAGAUUGUUGAAUGUAUCCAGAAAUCUUCUCACCACACUUGAGUCCGGCGUUUUUCAGUCUGUGGACACCCUAAAAACCCUGAGACUUGAUAACAACCCACUGGCGUGCGACUGCCGUUUGCUGUGGGUGGUGAGAAGACACCUGUACCUGGACUUUGGCAAACAUUCGCCGACUUGCACUACCUCCCUCCAGCUGGAGGACUGGACUUUUCUUGACUUUUCUGGCGGCGAGCUUCAGGGUUUGCUCACUUGUCGGCAGCCUCGGAUUUUAAACCGCAAUCCUCAAAGGGUGAUCGUUGAUCAGGGUCACACAGUGGUGUUUUCCUGCAAUGCAGAAGGUGACCCUCUGCCACGUUUGACCUGGCUGAACCCACAACUAAAGGCUUUAUCACCGACUGGCAGAAUACGGGCUCUCACAAACGGCUCAUUGGAGGUUCGUUAUGCUCAGCCUCAGGACAGUGGUACUUAUCACUGUGUGGCAUCUAAUGCAGCAGGAAACGACAGCCUGCCCGUCAGCCUUCAUGUCCGAGCCUUUCCAUCAUCUCAUAAAAAACCCUUUCCUUUUCAAGGAUGGUUUGAGCUUCCGUCGGCCUCUCCAGGUGUGAAUGAAAAUCAGAAACUUCCCUUUGAUGUCAAGACAUUACUAAUAGCAGCAGCUAUCGGUUUUCUUUCAUUUUUCAGCUCUGUGAGCCUAUGUUUUAUUUUCAUGUUCUUCUGGAGUAAGAGCAAAGGGCAAAUAAAGCACACAGCCACAAUCGCAUAUGUGCCACGGAGUGCCGGGUCGAACAGUAACAGAGGAACAGGCAACUACAUGGAGACCAGCAGGUUUACAAUGAAACUUAUAUGAGUCGAUAAAUAACAUUUUUGGUACAACUUGAUAUAAGAAAGUUUUGAUAGCUGUAUAUCUUGCACUAACACCUGGAAUAUCGCUGCAAGGAUUGAAUUUGAGUGGAACGUGAACUUGUGCACUGGAAAGGCUGACUAGCUAUACAUUAAUGUGGACAUUUCUGUUGCAGUGUAAAAGACUACAAGUUGUGUUGCUUCAAAUGUACUUCUCUCAAUUAAAACUAAAAUGCAAACUAACCAAAGGUAGUAG